CUCGGUGUGUGUGUGUGUGUGUGGGAGGGCAGCAAAAUUUAUCAUUCGUAGAAAAGAAAGAAAAGAAAUUCUCAUUCACUGUUUACAUUCAGAAGCAAGCCGACGUGGCCCAAAAGGAAUUAACUAAAGCGGAGAAUAAAUUGGAAUAAUGUGCGGGAUCUUUGCUUAUCUCAAUUAUUUGACGCCCAAGUCGCGUCAGCAGGUUUUGGAGCUCUUGGUGCAAGGCUUGAAGCGUCUCGAAUAUCGUGGCUAUGACUCCACCGGACUGGCCAUCGAUGCGCCCAGCGACGAGGCGGGACACGACAUCCUCAUGGUGAAGCGAACGGGCAAGGUGAAAAUGCUCGAGGAUGCCAUUGCCGAGAUGAUGCUGACGAGCGGGGAAUCCGGCAAUGGUGGAUUGGGCAACUGGGAUCAGCCGGUGGACAUUCACAUUGGCAUUGCACACACGCGCUGGGCAACGCAUGGUGUGCCGUCGGAGCUGAACUCGCAUCCGCAACGCUCCGAUCCGGAGAAUAGCUUUGUGGUUGUCCACAACGGAAUCAUCACCAACUACAAGGACGUGAAGACGCUGCUGGAAAAGCGAGGCUAUGUCUUUGAGUCGGAGACGGACACGGAGGUGAUUGCCAAGCUGGUGCAUCAUCUCUGGCAAUCGCAUCCGGGCUACACCUUCGGCGAGCUCGUCGAGCAGGCCAUCCAGCAGAUCGAGGGCGCCUUCGCCAUUGCCCUUAAGUCCAAGCACUUUCCGGGCGAGUGCGUCGCCUCGCGUCGCGGCUCACCACUGCUGGUGGGCAUCAAGGCGAAGACAAAACUGGCCACCGAUCAUGUGCCCAUACUGUACACGAAGGCGCAUCGUCCCCACAACCAAGCCCAAUUCCAUCUGCUGCCCAGCAGCAGCAACAGCAGUGGCGCCCGGAAUGUGGAAGUCAGCGCCGAGUUUCAGCCGCUGGAGCACAAGGAGGUGGAGUAUUUCUUUGCCUCGGACGCAUCGGCGGUGAUCGAGCACACGAAUCGCGUCAUCUACCUGGAGGAUGAUGAUGUGGCCGCUGUCAAACAGGAUGGCACGUUGAGCAUACACCGGGUGAACAAAUCCUCGGAUGAUCCGCAUGCCCGGGAGAUAAUCACACUGAAAAUGGAGAUACAACAGAUUAUGAAGGGCAACUACGAUUACUUUAUGCUCAAGGAGAUCUUCGAGCAGCCCGAAUCCGUGGUAAACACAAUGCGUGGACGCGUGCGUUUCGUCACCCAGACGGUUGUCCUGGGCGGCAUCAAGGAGUACAUUCCGGAGAUUAAGCGCUGUCGUCGCCUGAUGCUCAUCGCUUGCGGCACCUCGUAUCACAGUGCGGUCGCCACACGGCAACUGCUCGAGGAGCUCACCGAGCUGCCGGUCAUGGUUGAGCUGGCCUCCGAUUUCCUGGAUCGCAACACGCCCAUCUAUCGCGACGACGUGUGCUUCUUCAUUUCGCAGUCGGGCGAGACGGCGGACACGCUGAUGGCGCUCCGUUACUGCAAGCAGCGUGGCGCUCUCAUCGUGGGCAUCACCAAUACGGUGGGCAGCAGCAUCUGCCGCGAAUCCCAUUGCGGUGUCCAUAUCAAUGCGGGCCCAGAAAUUGGUGUCGCCUCCACCAAGGCGUACACCUCGCAGUUCAUCUCGCUGGUGAUGUUCGCCCUGGUCAUGUCCGAGGAUCGCUUGUCGCUGCAGCAGCGUCGCCUUGAGAUCAUCGCCGGCCUGUCGCAGCUAGAUGCACAUAUCCGGACUGUGUUGCAGCUGAACUCGCAGGUGCAGCAGCUGGCCAAGGAGCUGUACAAGCACAAGUCGCUGCUGAUCAUGGGACGUGGCUUCAAUUUUGCCACCUGCUUGGAGGGUGCUCUCAAGGUCAAGGAGCUGACCUACAUGCACAGCGAGGGCAUCUUGGCGGGGGAACUGAAGCAUGGACCACUGGCGCUGGUCGACGAUGAGAUGCCCGUGCUGAUGAUCGUGAUGCGUGAUCCAGUGUACACCAAGUGCAUGAAUGCCCUGCAGCAGGUCACCUCGCGCAAGGGCCGACCGAUCCUCAUCUGCGAAGAAGGCGAUGCGGAGACGAUGGCCUUCUCCACGCGCUCGCUGCAAAUACCCCGCACCGUGGACUGCCUGCAGGGCAUUCUCACCGUGAUACCCCUCCAGCUGCUCUCCUAUCACAUUGCCGUACUGCGAGGCUGCGACGUCGACUGUCCCCGCAAUCUGGCCAAAUCGGUGACAGUUGAGUAAAUCCCCGGCAGAUGCCUGAUGCGAUGCACUGCAUCCCCCUAAGAAGAAUUCCAUUUUUCAUUUUAGCUGACCGCACAGAGCGUUUUAUUCUAUGUAUUGUCCGUAAUACAUAUAUAUCUAUAUAUAUAUUUAGUCUAGGUUCCAUCAUUAUUUACUGAUUUUGAAUCGAGCAAUUUGCAUUUCUUUCGCUUUUUCUUUGUUAAUCAUUGUGUGCCAUUAAAAAAUUAAAUGUUUUUUGUGCGCAA